UUGUGAAGAAAUUCAUGUAACCAUUAAUACUCUUACCAGUAAUAUAAGGUCAUCUUGGCUCUUACUUCUCAGUCCUCACUCACCUCACCAGAAUAUCUCUGCCUUCCUAAUUCCCUGUAAGAUUAUUACAAGAACAUGGGUGGUUCCGACAGGAUUGGAACUACUGUCUUAACAGAGUUACUAAUCAUUGCAGUCAUUAUUGUUUCAUCCUUAUGCGCCGCAAUUUCCAAUGCUGCUUGCCACAAGGAGGAGAAACAAGCACUUCUGACAUUCAAGCAAGGACUAACAGACCCCUCAAAUCGACUUGCCACAUGGACUGCCGGUCCGGAUUGCUGCCAAUGGACUGGAGUCGUCUGCCAUAACAGAACUGGCCGCGUAGUGGAGCUCCGUCUCGGAAACCCCCAUGAUUCCAAUGAAGAUCUCAUCUUUCCUGGAAAGGUUUUUGAGAGGUCAAGAUUUGGUGGCGAAAUGAAUCCCUCAUUGCUCAAUCUGAAGCACCUCCGGUACUUGGAUUUAAGUGGGAGUGAUUUUGAAGGUGAGAUUCCCAAAUUCCUGGGUUCUUUAAAGAAUCUACAAUACCUGAAUCUCUCUGUUUCUGGCUUUGGAGGACUUAUUCCUCCUGAGCUUGGAAACCUGACGAAUCUCCAGUACCUGGAUCUCCAUGGUCUUUUGCCAUCUCUGUUCUCAGACAAUCUUCAAUGGCUCUCCAAUAUUCGAAACCUGCAACACCUGGAUUUGAGCCUUACAGAUCUUAGCAAAGCCUCGAAUUGGUUGCAGGUAACCAACGAACUCCCUUCUUUGGUAGAAUUGCGGCUGUCUGCUAGUCAACGUGGUCUUAUACCUCCGUUACCAAAUGUCAAUUUUUCCUCUCUGGAAAUUCUAGAUCUCUCCGGGAAUGGAUUCAGCAACCCUUUUGUUCCUUCUUGGAUUUUCCAUCUCAGUUCUCUGGUUUAUCUUGAUCUUAGUCACAAUAAUUUCGGAGGCGGCAACCCUUUUGUUCCUUCUUGGAUUUUCCAUCUCGAUUCUCUGGUUUAUCUUGAUCUUAGUCACAAUAAUUUCGGAGGCGGAAUCCCGGAUGGUCUUAGAAACCUGAGUACUUCUCUUACAUUUCUUAGCUUAGAAUCAAACUCAUUCAAUUCGACCAUUCCUGAUUGGCUGUACAGUUUCAGCCAUCUUGAGUACCUCAGCCUGGCCGACAAUUCCUUACAAGGUACAAUCUCGGAUGCCAUUGUGAAUCUGACCUCACUCGAAAGCCUUGAUGUCGCAUCCACUCAAGUUGAAGGACCAUUGCCAAGUUCCUUGGCAAAGCUUUGCAGCUUGAGAAAAUUAUACCUUUCUGGUGUCACUCUGAAGCAGGACCUGUCUGAAGUCUUACAGACUCUGACCGGAUGUAUCUCUGGUGGACUUGAGCACUUGUAUUUGAGUCAGUGCCAGCUCUUCGGUCACAUGAGCAAUCAACUUAGUCGGUUCCAGAACCUAACCGAGCUGUACCUGACCAACAAUUCGAUCUCGGGUCCUAUCUCAGAGUCCUUAACAUCACUAAAAUCAUUGAGAUCACUCGACCUCUCCCAGAAUCUACUCAAUGAGACAUUUCCUGAAUGGUUUGGACAGCUUCCGGAGCUGCAACUAUUAUGGAUUAACGAUAAUUCUUUACAUGGUGUUGUUUCUGAGGCUCAUUUCACUAAUGUCACCAAGUUGAGGAUCCUCGUCGCCUCCCGAAACCAUUUGGUUUUGAAAGUGAGUUCCGAUUGGGUACCGCCUUUUCAACUCAGUGUUAUAGAUCUUUCAUCAUGGAAGUUAGGCCCAAGAUUUCCUCUCUGGCUUCGUUUUCAAAAGGAUUUCGUGUUUCUGGACAUAUCCGUGGGAGAGAUUAAUGAUACAAUUCCGAACUGGUUCUGGAAUCUGUCCACUCAGUUCUUUAAUCUGAACAUUUCUCACAACCAAAUCCGGGGGAAAGCUCCUGAAGUUUUUGAUAUUUCCCCUCCACUAGGCUACCCUGCAUCCAUUGAUCUCAACUCCAAUCUCUUCCAAGGUACACUACCUUGUUUGUCCUCAAAUGUUGGAACUCUAGAUCUUUCCAACAAUUCAUUUUCCGGAACGAUUUCCCACUUCUUGUGUUACAAGAUGGAAGAACCAAAGAGCCUGCAAAAUCUUCACCUCACUGAUAAUCAUCUCUCCGGACAAAUCCCUGAUUGUUGGAUGAAUUGGCCGAGUUUGCUCUCUGUUGACAUGAAAAAUAACAACCUAAGCGGCAACAUUCCGAGCUCAAUUGGGUAUUUAUCCUUCCUUGAAUUCCUCCACCUUCGCCGGAACAACCUCUCCGGAGUUCUACCAGAGUCGAUGCAAAACUGCACAAAACUCCUAGCUCUUGACCUAAGUGGGAAUUCCUUCACCGGACACGUACCUUCUUGGAUUGGUGAAAGCCUGUCCAAUAUCAUAAUCAUCAGCCUUGGUUCGAACAAAUUGCAAGGUCAGAUUCCUGAAACAAUCUGUGAUCUUUCUUACCUUACAAUUCUAGACCUUGGACAUAACAAUCUAUCAGGAAGCAUCCCGAAGUGUUUCAUGAAUUUCAGUGCAAUGUCCAUUAAACGGAACUCAAGUGUACCAAUUUCUUAUGCUUUUGGACACUUCGGAUCAUCCUUGGAGACAACAUUGCUUAUGAUCAAGGGAAUAUUGCUGGAGUAUAGCACCACUCUGCGUCUGGUAACAAGCAUAGAUCUCUCCGACAACAAUCUAUCCGGCACGAUCCCAGAACAAAUCACUGGUCUUGUAGGGUUGAUAUCGUUGAAUUUGUCAACAAAUCACUUGAUAGGAAUGAUUCCGGCAAAUAUAGGCCAGAUGGGGUCACUGGAAUCCCUCGAUUUGUCAUACAACCAGCUUUCCGGAAAGAUUCCUCAGAGCAUGUCCCACUUGACUUUCUUGGGUGUCUUGGACUUGGCUUAUAACAAUUUGACAGGCAAAAUCCCAUCAAGUACUCAGCUUCAAAGUUUCAAUGCAUCGUGCUUCGCCGGAAACACUCUCUGUGGACCUCCAGUGACAGCUAACUGCAGUACAAAUGGUGCACCUUCCAGUGGUGGGGAUAAUGGGGAAGAUGGUGAUGGGGGUGAAGUGGAUUGGGUAUGGUUUUCUGUGAGUUCGGCUCUGGGAUUUGUUGUGGGAUUUUGGGGGUUUGUGGGUCCUUUGUUGUUUAUCAAGUCUUGGGGAUUGGCAUAUUAUGGUAUGCUGGCCCGCCUGAGGCAAAAAAUUAGCUGUGUUUAAAUUAGCACAUACAUGUACCAAAAAGUACCCAAGGAGCAACAAGAAUU